AUGAAGCUCGCCAUUGGAGGGUCCAGUGGCUUUGUCGGCGCGGAGCUCGUCCGCCAAGCGCUGUCCAAUCCGGCCAUCACGUCUGUCGUUGGCCUUAGUCGCCGCGAGACAUCCGCGCCAUCCUCGGCCGCCAAUGCUGCCAAGCUGAAGUUGAUCGUCUGCGAAGACUUCGAGAACUAUUCUGAUGGUAUCAAGAGGGAGCUCGAGGAUGUGGAUGCAUGUAUCUGGACGAUUGCCGUAACGCCCAUGAGAUUGAAGUCCCUACCAUGGGAAGAGACGGUCAAGAUCUCUAAGGUCUACCCCAUGACCGCAAUCCAGACUCUGGCGAAUCUCCCCCGCAAGGACGGCCAGCCUCUCCGCUUCGUCUACAUGAGCGGCCAUUUCGCUCCGCGCCAGAGGACCGAACAAGUCAAAGUACUGGGCGAUUAUGGCAUGACGGAACUAGGCUACCUACGCGGCGAGGUCGAGACCGACAUUCUAGAAUUUGCGGAGCAGUCCAAAGGUGCGGUGCAGUCGUGUAUAACUAAGUCCGGCUUCAUCAAGGGCCCAGGAAAGGUGGUGCCUGAGGUGCCGGGCCUCCCCCUGGUUGAGCUGCAGGACAUCACAGCGGCCAUCCUGGACCAGGUCAUCAACGGCUUUGAGAAGGACACGCUAUCCAACGAUGACCUAGUUCGGAUCGGGCAGAAGGCCCUGAAGGAGCAACAGAGUGUGUGA